AUGGCCGCGCUGUGUCGGCCCCGUGCCGUGACUGCCGAGAGCCGUUUCCUGCGCCUGCUCUUCUCCUCCCGGUCCUAUGGAGGCUCGGGCACUGAGAGCGGCUCCGGGAGCCAGAGUUCCGAGUCCACGGAGGACACAGCGCGCCCAAGCGGCUUCGCGAGCGCCCUGGAGCGGCACUCAGAGCUGCAGCGGAAGGCGGAGCUCGGGCCGUCGCGGGGCUCUCCGAAAGGCGUGGAAUCCUUCGCGUCCAUGCUGAGACAUUCUCCUCUCACUCAGAUGGGACCUGCCAAAGAUAAAAUCGUCAUUGGGCGGAUCUUUCACAUUGUGGAGAAUGAUCUUUACAUCGAUUUUGGCGGCAAGUUUCAUUGUGUGUGUACAAGACCCGAAGUGGAUGGAGAGAAAUACCAGAUUGGAGCCAGAGUCCGCUUGCGGCUGCUGGAUCUUGAACUUACGUCCAGGUUCCUGGGAGGGACCUCAGACACGACGUUACUGGAGGCGGACGCAGUGCUCCUGGGGCUCCAGGAGAGCAGAAACCCCAGAGCAAGAGAGGAGCCUCGUGAGCAAUGA